UAAGGCGGUGCAUUAUUUGUUGUUGUUGUUUGUGGGAGAAGUGUGGACCAGUCGACAUCUUCAACAUAGAAGGCAACUUUAAAUAUAUAAAGUGAUUGAAUUUUGGAGAUCGACAUCCUUACUGCGCUGAUUCGGUCAUCUGAUAUUCGUCCAAGUGGGGAAGACGGACGUUGUAUUUCACUGAAUCUAUCAGCACCCCAUCCAAGAUGUCUAGCCAGUAUCAGCGAAGUGUUCCGCUGGAGGUCAGGAGAGCAGAAGGGGAGAGAGUCCGCACCAAACAUCCGGAUAAAAUCCCGAUCAUUGUGGAGAGAGCUGCAAGGUCACGAGCUCCUGAGCUUGACAAAAUGAAAUACCUCGUUCCUUCUGACCUCACAGUCGGUCAGCUCUGCUUCCUGAUCAGACAGCGGGUGUCUAUGAGACCAGAAGAAGCCCUCUUCUUUUUCGUAAAUAAUUCCCUCCCUCCAUCCAGUUCCCCCCUCUCUACAGUGUAUGAGGAACAUCAUGAGGAAGAUCUGUUCCUGUACAUGACAUACAGCAAUGAGAGUGUUUACGGUGCCUGAGAUAGAGGACGAAAGGACUGCAGGGAAGAGAGAGAGAAAGAUGAUACAUUAUUUUACCAUUAUUAUCCCAUAAUCAAUACAUGGUACCUGCAGGGGGCAUUGUUCAUAAUGGGGACUAAAGUGUGCUGUUUGUAUUUGUCAGUAUUCGUGGGAACUACAAUGCGAUUCAUUAAACAAAUUAAUGCCAGUAAAGCAUUGGGACUUGAAAAUUGAGAGACACUUAAGAGAAAAGAAGAAAAUGCAAGGCCAAAACACCAAAAGAGAUCAAUUUCAAAAAAGCAAGUAUUUAUUUCGUCUUUCUCUCCCAGGACCGAGUCAUAUGUAUUUAAUGCAAAUAGGUUUUUGUUCUUGUUUUUCUAUUUUGUAAAGUAUUAUCAAUACAUUUGUGCAUAUAAUAAAAAUCUUUUAAAA